GUGAGAGAGAAGUGGUGUUUUAUAUUGCUAACAGCGACGUGGACGUUGACGUUCGUCGUCGUCCAGCUGUAUGCUCAGAGUCAAAAGAUGGCAUAAGUAUUUUCGGCAUACAUUGAGGCAGCGAUGGCCCACGAUGGUGACCUAGUCUUCCCGGACCUGUUCCCGAUGUACGCGUCGUCUUGACAGGCGAUCGCAGUGUUGGAGGUAGCCGAAAUCUUCAAAAAGUCCUACUGUUGACAACCUUCAUGUAUCAAACGCAGCUCCGCUAAUAGACCUUGUGUGGAGUCAUCAGCCGAGACAUCGAUGCGAGUACUGAGUGACCGACUGACUGUAUAACUCGUGAAGAAAAUCAAAAUUCAUUUUCCACGCAGACGAGAAGAAAAUGAACAACAAGGGGACGUCUCCCGGUGGCCGACGGCAGCCAGGCGGCUUCCACAAUAGCGCGGAAGGCGGAGGAAGAGGCGAAGAACAGGAAGAAGAGGAGGCGAACACGCGGACAAAUACUUUUUGGGAAGAUGACCCCAGUGAGCGAAUCAAGAGCUACGAGACGAGGUUACUAAAGUACUCAUGUGGCCUUCUUGUUUCAGGACACACUGUUGGAACUGUAUCGUCCCGCCGGUAGACUAGGAGCCCUACUAGGGAUGCGAAUGAAUGAAUAGACUUGCUCGCACUUAGAAAUCGUCAGGGGAAAGAAAAUCUUAAUCUUACUUAUUAGUCACCUGCUUGUCGAAUACAUUCCCAUCAUCAAGCAUUUUGUUUUGUAAGCUGAGGUCCUCCACACUUACGGUGGAUGAUAUGGUAUUUAACUCGUUCUAAAAUGCACGCGUUACGGACUUUUUCGACCAUCGGCGUGUGGUUAUGGGAAUGGCGAGUUUGACGACCUUCGUUCUAUAUGGAUGUUGUUUUUUCUCACCUCUAGGUCAGACCAUCGAUGCUUCUACCUUUAUUUCCCCUACUUGAAACAGGUGUAUAAUAGCUUACAGGGCGGGGGCAGCUGUGAUGGUCUGCCCUUGGAGGGGAGAAAAAACUACAUCCAUACUCUAUGGGGAGACGACUUGCGACUCUUUUUCUUCACGAAGUCGGCUGAUCCUUUUUUUUACUCACUCUUUCUCUGCGCCAUGUUGGUUUUCUUCUGCGAGUUCAUGUGCAACACCAUUUGCAAAGACGGCUACAAAGGAGGAUUCUUUUUCUGGUACUCACCCUAUGGAUAGACUGGGUUAGACUUGACCAGGAUUUUUGUCGUUGCACCACGUUGAUUUCUUUUGAAUUUUGUGAAGCUCUGACGAUGGAAAGGAGCAUGAUUUUCUCUUUUCGUUUUUUUGUCGAUAUGUCUCAGGUCGGGCUACUCCCUCAUCAAACGAGCCGACCCUACAGGAACUUCAACUACUCUUUCUCUAGGUGUCAGGUUUCUUUCAUAUGACUAUGACUCCAACUUAUUUUUUCCCCCCUCAGGUUAGAUAUGAUCGUAACUUUCACUCCAACUUUCUCUUCCCCUCAGGUUGGAUAUGAUCGCAACUUUCUCCUUGUUUGUGGAUAUUCCAUGGGUACUAGCUGUCAUCGAGAUGCUUAUCGUGUCCUCGAGUGGGCAAGAUUCAGGCGCAUCCAGUCUCACCUCUACGGUCGCGACCGUACGGACCGCACGUGCAGUGCGUUUAGUACGACUCAUUCGUCUCGUAAGUUAAGGGUUUUCUCGAGUUGAUCGUCCACUCUCAAUUUCUGAGCUGGAUUGUUCACAUGUGAGUUGGAUGUUGCUUAGGUGCUUAGAAAGGAGGAGUAUCUCUAUCUUUAGUACAGACAUGGAGUCAAUAUCUCUUUCUCAAGGAAGUAGUAUUCUGUCUCUGAUGAAAAACUUUAUGGUAUUUGUUUAUCUAAGUAAGAGUGGUAAAGCUGUGGACGAUGUUUAGGAAGGCGAAAGACGGAGACAUGGAUGAGAGGUUGCAGCAGCAAGCGCGCAAUGCGGCUAAUGCUAAACAAGCAGCGCUGAAGCGUGUAGAUUAAGGCCCAUCAAGAUUCAUCUGCUUCACAGCGUAUUUGGCUCGAGUUUCUUCUUGGAUUCUGUUGAGACUAUAAUAAAAAGUAAAAGCUUAUAAAAAAAAGAUGAAAGAUUAUUAAUAUUGUAGUGAGCUCUAAGUAGAGGCUUCACGGCUAGGAAAACUGCUUUCCGAAAUGACAACACGACGUGUGGUGGUGAUGGUGCUCAUGAUGCUCUUUGUGUUGCCCUUUCUUUACGGAUUCCAGAUGUUGUAGUUCCUGUCCAUUUUGAAGUAAAGCGUCCUGGAAGAAGCAAGAAGAUGUAGAUGUUUGUAAGGGAUUCAUUUUACACUUGCUUCUCUUGAAUCUCUUGCUUCUCCAGAAGGUGGGUAACGCGAGCCUCUAAGUUCGUGAUGCCAGCGACUUGGACAAUAGUAAAGUGUACGGUUUAUCGUUGCUCUUUUGGUACGGUCGAUCAGGGUGUGGGUAUGAGUACGACGCCUCAACAGGGACUUUUCAGCUUCAGGACCCUGGUAGUAGUCUUUACGCGUGCGACUCGCAGAGCGAAAAUUGGCUCUUUUUGGAAGGGUGGCGCAACCUCAUCUAUCUCUAUUCCGAAGUAACGAGGGAUAGGAUUUACAAGUAUGGCGCAUAAGUGUAAUGUACAAUGUUUCAUUAGCAAGGGAAAGGGUGGUUGAUCUUGAGUAGACGACAGACAAGAACCAGGUAACAUAGUUAGAAUUGUAUCACUCUGAAAUACUACAAUGCGAUACAGUGACCACAAUUUGUCCAGUAACUUGUUUACAUCUUGUUGACAAACAACCAUUCUUUCAUCUGUCAUGUUACCUGCCAUGUUUUUUCAGCUCAUUCUAAUCCUUCGAGGAAAAGACGGAUGAGUUACUCUGGUUGCGCAUUCCUAACUGGUCGGACAGUGGUAAAUUGGCGGACAUCACUUUUGUGUCGACCCAGCGUGGAUCUUGGCACGAAAAUGCGGCUUGUGGUCGACUUUGGUAUGGCACAAUGGUUGAGAGCAGAUGAAAGAAUCCUAGAAAACUAGACGAUGUACUUGUGAUGUAGUGGAGGUUCAUCUAUUUCGUUAUUUUUGUCGCAAGGUAAAGUUCAACGUCUACUAGCACGCUUAGUUUAUGUGAUGGUUGCUUCAGGUAUGCUCAAAAUCUUCUAAGCAGUGGCCCCGAACCUCUAAUAACCGGAAGAAACAGAAGGCGCGGAUUGCCCCUAUCGGCAAGAGGACCUUGAGGACGUGGUUUACAGACCAGCUUCGUGUUCGGAUCUGGAGGCCUGUGCGGAAGUUCUGGCAAUUGCUCGAUUCAACAGAUCCGGGUUCACCAGGGAGACCGCCGCUGUAAGCAUGGUGCAGACAUGCUUUGUUUAUGUUGUCGGGUUUUUGAGAAUCAACGUUGAGAUGUUAGCAUGUUCUCGUCAGCGAUGAGGAAACGCUGACACUCCAUCUGGUCCUGGCUUCGAAGAUGAUGAUGCUGGCUGUAAUAGGCAGCUGUGCGGCAGUUAGUAAAUAAGAGAUGAGUUGGAUCAGUUGUAUCAUUUGAGACGGUGUACACCCCCUCCAAUAAGGAGGUACUACAACACUGAUCGGCCUCACAGGUAGAUACUGCUAUAUACUAAGAGGCUCCAUGUUGACAUGACAUUAUUCUAACUCCUCUGUUUUCUACUGGGCACGAUGUCGAUCCAGUUCCAGAACGACACGCAAAGCUUGGUUAUUGCGCCCAUCGAGAAGAUGGUCAAUAUCAUCAAACAGCUAGCUGAGGAUCCUCUCGAGCCACCGAAUUUGGAGUCUUUCGAGGAAGAGGACGCGCCGAAACAGAAGAACAAGGGACCACAACUAGAGACAACAAUGCUGGAAAACACAAUCUUGAAGAUUGGAGGCCUAUUGCAGGUUGGGUUCGGAGAAGCGGGGGCUCAAAUCAUUGGCAAAAACAUGAGCUCUGGAGAUGGAGAGUUGAACUUAUGAUGAGUUUCUAUUUCCAGCAUUGGUUUAGUCUGUCAUUGUUUAAUCUAGAGUCAACAAAGUUGUUGUACAGAGACGGGUGCGUCGCUGCUCUAAUGCAAAUCAUGAUGCCUGGCGCGAAAGUUGACAGCGUUUUUGGUUUCGUGGACAUACGUCAAUUUACUGACACGACGGAGUGCCUGGAAGAGGAUGUGAUGGUAUUUGUGAACUCUAUCGGCCACAUCGUGCACAAAUGCGUCCAUCGUUGGAGCGGAGUUGCGAAUAAAAACAUUGGGGAUGCGUUUUUAGUAUUGUGGAAAAUCGACCAAGAGUAUCUGCCCAAACGGGGUGUGCAAUCAAGUCAAAAGUCUGCGCAGGCCGCUGCACGUGUCAGCGACAUUGCGGACCGAUCGCUCUUCGCGUUUUUGAAAGUGAUAUGCGAAACGCGUCGGUCAGAACGUAUUCGAGCUUUCAGCAACCAUCCUAGGAUCAUCAAGCGGUACUAACUUUAUACAUGAAAUUCAUAUAGAUGGCGAGCAACUUACGCUGCCUCCGCGGGUGCUCGACCAUGUUGCGCCGACGGGCGGAGCGCAUCGAGCCCACCUCGACGGGCCGGCCCGUCUCUGUCGAGAUGUGCAGCCAGGUAAAGGCCGCGGCGAUGUUGCUCGUGCGGGGUCCUUCCACUUCCUCUAAAUCGGUUCCGUCGGUCUUCUCUCAACUUGCGCGCGCAUGUCGACGGCGAUAUAAGGCGUGCAGCCGCUCAGACCUGGCGGCCCCCCCCGUUAGACUCCGCAGAGGACGCCGGUGCGCUGUCAGGGGCCGCCAGGCUGUGCCUCCAGGUGGACUCCGGUAAGUGGUUGGAGUGAGACGGCUGAUGUUGCUGCAGUUGUCUGCGAUUUUCCUUUGACAUUUGAGCUCGUGGAAGCUCUUCACAAAAGGGGCCACCCGCCACCCGUGCAGCUUGCUAGCCGUCGUGUGUUGUUUGCUGCUUGUGCUCUUGGUGACUUGCUUGUGGCAAUGCUCUGCAGGAUCAGAACACCGAGGCAGGGACGUGGGGGCAUGUUGUGGCUGUGUUUCUGGUUCUUUCGCGUGCGUGAGGUGUGUCCGGGUGGAAAGUGCAGACCGGCCGCAGGGUGGGCGGGUGGGCUGCCUUGUAGCUGCGUGGCGUUGUGUGUUUGCGAGGCAUGGCUUCAGCGUGUUGCCUUGCCUUUGGAUUGCAACCAGGGGGUCAAUCUUUGGGCAGGGUGUAGAAGAAGGAGAAACGGGAGCAGCGGCGGGGGUGGGCAGAAUUGUUUUUGGGCUGUUUGUUGCUCGGCUUGGUGUUUCGGCAGCGGAUGUAUGGAUGCAGCCCGGGACCGUGCCCUGCCGAACCCUACCGCGCCUUCCCCUAGUCUUCAAAAAAAGCAAGGCCACCGCCACGGCAUGCAUACGCGGCCCCGGCUGAACGUGUAGAGGGAGCCGCCGCUAUCCUGCUUCCUUAGCAUGGCUUCGGCGAUCGGUGUCUUUGCGCCUACUUUGUGGAAUCAUUUCCAUCGAUCGCACUGCUUUGGGCUUUGUUCUUGUAUUCACUUGUUUUUUUUAUGGGCUUUCGCUUUCCUCCGAUGGACAUUGCUUCGGCUUUCUGCUUCCUCAGCGAUCCACAGCCAGCUUCUUCUUUAUGAAAUCCUUGACGUUGGCUUUCCUCUUGCUUCUUCCAACAGGUUUGGAAAACGACACGAGGUCCAAUUCGGAUUGGGGCUUCAUGUAGGAUGGGCGAUCGAAGGACCAAUUGGCUCAGAUUAUAAAGUCGACGCCAGUUAUCUGUCACCGCAUGUGAACAUAUCCAUGAAGCUGGAGUCGGGCACCAAGGAAUACGGCGUGCCUCUUCUGCUAUCAGAGCCACUUUAUUAUGAAAUGCAAAAGAUAGAAAGUCAUUGCUGUGCCGUCCUGACAUAAUUUAGAGUAGGUAAUAUAAGGGUCGUGGUAGAGAUCAGCAUUCUGGAGGAAGUAGAUUGUACUAGAUGUUGUCGAUUUUGGUAUACGUAGAGCAUCAUGGGAUUGCCUAUCUUAGGAAUUUUCUAACUCCUCCUUCUUCUUUCCUUGAAAGCGAAGCAGCGGUGUCGGAAGAUUGACAUGGUUUCUAUGGUAGGGAUGUCGAAGCCAUGUGGGAUUUACACUUUCCCCAUGCGGGAGGCGGUUCUACGAACACCAGAGAGGAGCGGCGACCAAGAAAUAGGCGAAGUGUGGAAACCACAGGGCCUUGAAGUUUCUGCAGACGUGAUUGAAGUUAUGGCUGGUGAGAUAACUGAUUAAGUAGGCUUUUCACGGGAAAUUGAAAGGAUAAGAAGACGGGACUUUUUCAUGUAGGUAGCUGAAAUUGAUUUGCUUAUCGUUAUCCUUUCUUAACAAUCUUCUAAUACCAGUGAUGGCGUGGAGUUUUUGUUUAUCAUCGAUAGAGAUGUGAAUAACCUGCAAAAACAUAUACCUGGAUUCGAUCCCGACGACCCAAAUGCCAAUACAACGCGUUCCAGACUCCGGAAGUUAUGGCUUUUUCUAUCGAUUUUGCAUCCGCAACUAGUGUUAGUGCUGUGGGUAAACAUCGGGGGUCGUCUAGGUUGGUAGAGGACGUAGAAUUAUGGUUAGCUUUUAUCUAUCUUUCUCGGCCUUUUGCCUUGUAUUCUCAUGAAAUACAAGGGGAAAGGGGUCGAGAUGAGGGGACCAAGAUGGGCUACAGCUGAGUCUAAUAUAAUGUAGCUGCAGAAUAAAGUAGAGGUUCAUAUGGUUUCCGCGACAAAUAGUAGAAGUAGGCUCUCUCUGUUCUAACUUUCGCCUUGUGCCAUUACAUUGCGGGUGAUUGGCGCUUAGCACGUGAGGAUUAUGAGGCCCUUUUGAAGGAUUUUAGGCACGACAAGCCUACUCGCGCGGUUUACGACUUCAUGCAUUCGCUUGACUUCGUGCCACCAAGUAAUUGGCGAGAGGUGUACAGGAAAAUGUAAGUGUACUUAAACUAAUAGAUAGUCUGUCAAGACAUUUAUAAGCUUAAUUUCUUUUUGCAGAUGUCGUUCUCGUUACCGGGGUUACUUAGAUGGAUUCAUGUAGGGUUACAAAAGUGCAAUGCAACAACAACAAGUUAAUAAAGUCGAGAAAACGUCGAUGGUCAAGUCAAGGCCGAUGAAGAACAACUUUGAAUGUAUAGUUUUGUGAUACGUGCGAGUCAGCAGAGAUCGUGCAAUUCAUAGAUGAAACAGUGACCAUUUAUCUGUGACGCGCUAAAGAUAAGUGAACAGAGAACUAGUAGAAUAUGGGUUUCAACGACUCUUUUGUGAUGACUCCUUUGCGUGCUGAAGUAGCAUGAAUGCAGAUGUACCAUGCCAAAUAUGAGGUUUGAAGAUAGUUGCGCAGUGAAUUUUCGUUUCGCGGUUUAAUAGCCGGCAGAGGCUGGUAGUGCUGUCGCCAUGCCAGAGAAGAUGCCGUCCAUAUAAUCAUUUUGAG